CUGAAACUCUCUGUAUCCUCGCCGUGUGAUAAAAGGACCUACUAAUUGCUGCAUAUCCGAAACUACAAACAUGGAAGGAGUAGGAUGUUACUAGCAUCCGCCGUAGUGGUAUGGGAAUGGCUGAACGAGCACGGACGCUGGCGGCCCUACAGCCCGGCUGUCUGUCAUCACAUCGAGGCAGUCAUCCGGAGCGACCCGCGCUGUGGUAGUGUUGUCCUCGGCCAGGUGGACUCUCGCCUCUCGCCCUACAUCAUCGAUUUGCAUUCCAUGCACCAGUUCCGACAAGACACAGGUACCCUUCGACCGGUACGACGUAGCUUCUACGACCCCACCUCAGCGCCAGGGCAGGGCUGGUUGUGGGAGUGGGAGAACGACGCUGGCAGUUGGACGGCGUACGACACGGAGGUGGGCAUCGCCAUCCAGGCGGCACGAGAUCGUCAGCAGCCCUGGCUGGACCUGGCGCCGCUGGGUUUCUGCUACCUCAUUGACUUCGAAAGCAUGACCCAAAUCAACGGGCAGACACAACGCUGCCGGCGCAUCCAGCGCCGCUCCGACUUGGCUUACCCGCUGGUGUCCGGGCCCCUACCCAAGUCCCACCAUGCCUGGGGACCCACGUCAAUGCCCGGCCAUGGAGGACUGCUUGGUGUGGAUGUAUCUGGAGUGGGCAUGGGGAUCAGGAUGAGCAGCAGUGGGACUGGAAAUGGGAGUGCGUACCCCAGCGGGGCUCUCCCUGCUUCAGCCAUCACCUCUCUGGGACAGCCCUGCGCCUGUCAGCAGUGUAUGCUGGUGCUGAGUGUCAAAGCGGGCACCAUGUCGGCUGCUCACACUCUGGGUCGGAGACCGCCACAGACCAAGCCACCAAGUCCCAAAAUCACCAGUCACCCUGUCCCAGGAGGGUCGUACUCACUAACCCUCCCUCGGCCUCCAUCCCUGUCGCGGUCAUUCUCCCCAAACAGGACGUCUAUAGUUGGGGCGACAGGUGGCUUCAGUGUAGGUGGUAUGGGUGGUCCAGGAGGUGUAGGUAUCAUCGGUGGUAGUGGUGUUAGCAGUGCCAGCCUUGGCUUUGGAGGAGGCUUCACCCACUCUCUUUCCCUCCUCGGCUCAGCUACCGCCGCCCUCUCCAUCUCCUCCACCCGUCCCCCUCCUCCACCUCUCCCCCCACCUCCGCCGCCUCCUCCACCUCCCUCCACCACACCCUCAUCUGUCGCCACCUCUCCCCCUCACCCCUCCACCUCUUCCUCCCUCUCUGCUUCCUGCUCCGCCCCUACAGCGCCCGCUCCAGGCCCACCUCUCAUCUCCACGGCUGCCUCCACCUGCACGCCCUCGCCUUCUGCCCGCGUCCUUGGCCCAGUGUCUUCGUCUGGUGCUGCUGCCUGCGCCGCCCCUCUGCCGCCCCGCUCCAGCCUAGCAGGGCUGAGCCGACCAGCGCUGCAGCGUAUCGCCAUGGCUCAGUCACGUGCCCUCAUCGCCUCGGGAGUGCCAACAGUUCCAGUGAAGAACCUGAAUGGAUCUAGCCCUGUUCACCCUGCACUGGCAGGUAUUACAGGCAUCCUGAUGAGCGCAGCAGGACUUCCUGUCUGCCUGACCCGCCCACCCAAGCUGGUGCUUCAUCCUCCACCUGUCAGCAAGAGCGACAUCAAGCCCGUGCCCGGUCUGGGUCACUGCUGCCGCAAAACUACUAAGAAACAGGCCCGUAAAGGCAAGACCCCUGAGGAGGUGGUGAAGAGGUACCUUCAGAAAGUUCGCAAUCCCCCAGAAGAGGACUGCACCAUCUGCAUGGAGGCCCUGGCAGGACCAUCGGGCUACAAGGGCCCCGGCGUGGGCGGUAUCUCCCGGGCUGAGUCGGUAGGGCGCCUGGCACAGUGUGGUCACCAGUACCACCUCCAGUGCCUCGUUGCUAUGUACAACAACGGCAACAAGGAUGGCAGCCUGCAGUGCCCCACCUGCAAGACCAUUUAUGGAGUCAAGACUGGCAACCAGCCCCCGGGCAAGAUGGAGUACCACGUCAUCCCCCACUCACUGCCUGGCCACCCUGACUGCAAAACCAUCCGGAUCAUUUACAACAUCCCUCCUGGCAUCCAGGGCCCAGAGCACCCAAAUCCAGGCAAACCCUUCACCGCCCGUGGGUUCCCCAGACACUGCUACCUCCCUGACAGUGAGAAGGGACGCAAGGUUCUGAGGCUGCUCCUGGUAGCGUGGGACCGCCGGCUCAUUUUCUCUGUUGGUACGUCCAGCACCACUGGGGAGUCCGACACGGUCAUCUGGAACGAGGUGCACCACAAGACGGAGUUUGGCUCCAACCUGACUGGCCAUGGGUAUCCUGACCCCGGCCACUUGGACAACGUCCUGGAGGAGCUUAAGGCUCAGGGCAUCACCGAGGAGGAGUGUCUACCCAGAGACUGAGCAGAAACAUUCAAGACAUGGAAGGCACGAGAAACCAGGCCGGAGUCUGUAAACACACAAUGCUGGGAAGGGAUCCACAGCUCGACAGGCAAAUUAUUUUCAAAAUCUGACAACAUGAACAGAGAGGGACUUUUACCACCAGAGAUGGAAAACAACUUCAAAUAACAAAACUCUUCACAGGAACAUUACAGAAAUAGUUUCAGCAGAAAUUUGCUGAGAUUCAAAUUUCUCUUAUGACUGCAUGAGUCAGUUUUGAAACAUGGGAAAUAAUUUUCUUUCCUGAUGCAGUAAACAGUGUCAAGAUUGCAGAUGUUAUUCAGUGAGACAUUUGAGACCACUGUGCACAUAUGAGUCCGUGUUAGAUUAAAAAAAAAAAACUGUCAUUUAUACUGUGAGACUUCUUAUCAAGAAUGUAACUAAGUGAAUUUUGCUGAAUUGAAGUGUUUACCACUACUACUGCUGCUAUGUGGAAUUGAAAGGAGGUUAAGAUGGAGACAAAGUGGGGUCUGUAAGUUUUUUUUAAGUGUUUGUCCACAAGCAGAAAUAACUUUUCACUGCAGAUAAAUAUUUCAAGUGUAUAACUGGAUAUCUGAGCAUGGAUAUUUGCUGACCUCUAGUGGUACUUUUCCAGAACUACAUUCCUUUUUAGGUUUGAUUUUUAAAUUGUAUUGUUGUAUAUUAUGAAUACUUGAUAUAUUAUAUGAUAUCGUUUC